UUUAAAAUACAUGUUCGCCAACAGUUCAAACUUGCACGUACGGUGCGUGUUUUUUGUUGAAAGUUAGGUUCGGUCUGCUGCUUGUAAAGAAAAUAAUGUUCUAUAUUGGAAGCAUUCGUAUUACUGAACCGAAACGAUAAGAUGUCCUAGAUGUUACAAUGUUAUCAUAAUUUGUUGUUGUUCUGAGAGCUAUGUAUUUUCAGUAUUGGGCAUUGCGUUUGUUUUAAGGUUAUGUUUUGAAAACAAUGACAGUAAACAUGUCUGAUGCUUGGCAAGAAAUUCAAGCAAUCAAAAGUAAACGCAAUAGUUUACGUGAAAAAUUGCAGAAACGAAAAAGAGAGCGGGAGGACAUUCUAAAUCAGUCAGCUGUGACAUUAGGAACGGAUGUUAAUUCUACAACUCUUGCGAAAGUCAAAGUACUUUCUGCGGAAGGCAGUGGUUCCAAUGUCCCCUCUCCUGUAGCACAAACCAAAGAUGAUGUAGAGGUGACAGAAAAGAAAGCAGAUCUGGUAAAACCUGAUCCAGAAAUUGAAAGACAGUUGCUGCGAUGUCUUUGUGAAAUAUCACUGACUCUUCCGACAGGUUCAGUUGAACUAGCAUCAGCUGUCGGCAAGCAGCUUAAUAAAAAUGUGCCUCAUGUUUCUGUGACAAAUCUCCUCCAAAAAUUUGCCACCCAACAAUUAAUUAGUGUGAAAGAAAGUUCCAAAGAUGGAAAACUGUUUUUGGAAGUUGUGUCUGCUGAACACACAAAACUUGUUGCAAUGGUGAAUGAAUUGGGUGGUGAUGAUUUGGAUAGCCAAAGGACAGAACAGCCUGCAGAUGAUGAACUUAAAAAACGAAAAGGUGAAGGUGAAUCUGAAGGAGAAACAACUCCAAAAGUACCGAAAAUUGCUAGUGUGGAGAAGGAUGAAAAGAAAAAAGAAAAGAAAGAUCCCAAAGCUGCUGACCUCAUGUCUCUUUUAUCAAUGCCAUCUAUAAGAGAGAAAGAAAAUAAGAAGGUUGGAGAAGAAAUUUUAGAUCUUCUUAGUAAACCAACAGCCAAAGAACGUUCUCUUGCUGAAAGAUUCCGUUCCCAAGGAGGAGCUCAAGUUAUGGAAUUUUGCCCCCAUGGUACAAAAGCAGAGUGCAUGAAAGUUAGUUCUGCAGAGCCUUGCAAAAAAUUACAUUUCAAGAAAAUUAUUCAAAAGCAUACUGAUGAAUCUUUAGGAGACUGCUCAUUUCUGAAUACAUGCUUCCACAUGGAUACUUGCAAAUAUGUUCAUUAUGAGGUUGAUGGUCCAACUGUGCAAUUUCCUAAGGAAGCCGGCAGCAAAUUGGAUAGUGUUGAAUGUAAAGCUCUAGGUCGUUCAAAAGAAAUGACAAUUUUAUACCCACCACAAUGGGUACAGUGUGAUUUACGUUACUUAGAUAUGAAUGUACUUGGGAAGUUUGCUGUGAUCAUGGCAGAUCCUCCUUGGGACAUUCACAUGGAAUUACCAUAUGGAACUAUGUCAGAUGACGAGAUGAGACAGCUGGGCAUUCCUACAUUGCAAGAUGAAGGUCUCAUAUUUUUAUGGGUUACUGGCAGAGCAAUGGAAUUGGGCCGUGAAUGUCUAAAGCUGUGGGGGUAUGAAAGAGUUGAUGAAAUAAUUUGGGUGAAAACCAAUCAAUUGCAAAGAAUUAUUCGUACAGGCCGAACAGGUCACUGGUUGAAUCACGGGAAGGAACAUUGCUUGGUGGGAAUGAAAGGCAAUCCAGACAACCUAAACCGUGGACUAGACUGUGAUGUUAUUGUUGCUGAAGUACGUGCAACUAGUCAUAAACCAGAUGAAAUCUAUGGUAUUAUUGAACGUCUUUCUCCCGGAACAAGAAAGAUUGAACUUUUUGGUCGACCACAUAAUGUGCAACCCAACUGGAUCACAUUGGGCAAUCAAGUGGAUGGUGUAAGAUUAGUUGAUCCUGAACUCAUAGAAGCUUUUAGGAAAAGAUAUCCUGAUGGAAAUUGUAUGAUUCCUCCAAAAACCUAAUAUAGAUGUUAUUUUAAUGAUUGUCAAUUUUGUGCUCUUCUGUUGAAAUAAAUACCUGUAUAAUAACGUGUAAUUAUAAUGCAAAGAGAAAAUUAUUCAUGAUAUACUUUUUUGUCUGGUCGAAUUUUUCAAAAGUGCAUUAUAAUAUUCAUCAGUUUCCUUUAGAAAAGAAACUGUGAAUGCAAAAAAGAGCUGAGUUUGUUUUUUAUCCCCCCUCCCAUGUUCCUAAUUUUUGUUUUGCAUAGAAACUCCAGGAAAAAAAUGUUUUGCCACCUGCAUUGUUGUUACAUUCCCAUCCUCCUCCUCCCCCUGCUUCAUGUUGGGGCUCAGAUUUCUAUUGAUUCCAAUUCCUUAUAAUUACACAAGGAUGUGGGGAAAUACCUAGCUUGAAAUUGCAAGCACAUGGCUUGUUUGCGAUUAAUCUUCACAAAAUUGAAUGUUUCUGUAGAUUCUUAACCUAUCUGAAAGUACAGUACUAAUGGAAGUAUUACAUGCCAUUAGUACAAUGCUUGGGCAUUGAAUAAUUUAACAUUGGAUAAUGUGAUAUACACCAAACAUUGUCUGGGUAUAUAUUUACCAAACGCACAUUUUGUGGUAAUAUUUUGAAUCGCAACCCACCCAAUGUUUCUUCUCCAGCUGCUCAACAGUAUACUUACAAAAUUUGAAAGCAAUUGUUCUAGUGGUUGAAAAGGUUUUAUGGAACACUUAUAUGAAAUUUUUUCUUGAAUAGGUUACUUAAUAUGGGUUCCCCCCACCCUACCCAAUCAAAAAAUGGUCUAUUGUUACUAGAAAUGGGAUGUCUCUGGUCCGUUUAAAAGAAAUUGGUGAUUGACAGUUGCGUGUGCAAAGGAGUGACAUUGAGAGGUUGUGUACCACUGAGCACAUGUUCCCAGGACACAAAAAUAAACACUUAAAAUUAAUACUUAUAAAAGUAACCAACUCACAUUGUAUGAAGCUACAGCUUCAGAAGCACACUAUUCAUUGGGCCAUAAGAAAGUGCAUUUGAGAAUUCACUAUAUUUUUUAAAUGCAUUUAAUAGUUGUCUAUCAGAACCUGUUAUUAUCUCUUCUUUCACGCCUUCACUGUCCGUUAUAUGGGUAUGCAUGGCACAUUCUAUGUCUUAGGAGGUCAAAAUCUCACUUGUCUCAUGCUUUUUUGCACGAUUAAAAAACUUCAAAACAAGGGUCUUGGGUGACCGCAGGGCUCAGAUUCCAGACAUAACACAAAUAUUAACAUGUCCCAGACUUCCAACAUUGAUAUUUAUUCUAACAUGUUCUUCUAGGAAGGCUCUGUAAAAGCAAAGAAUUAAACAUUAGGCAAUUUUCAUAUCCACCAUCUCAUUAAAAGAAACUAAACAAAUGGAGUGAGCAGUUGUGAUACAUCAGUGGCCACAGUUUAUGGAUUCCUAAAAUCCCCCACCCCUGUAAGAAUGAAGCACAGGCAAUGAACAUGUCACACCAAUGCUUUUAACAUUGCCAGUUUUCAUUUCUACUACUGAAAAUACAUUGUUUUUACAAUUUUCCUGAAAGUGAUCUUAAACGGGAAAAUUAAGAAACUGUUAAGGAACUGGUUGGUGAUCUGUCAACAGGGAUACAAUUUGCAUACAAUAAAUAGGUUUCAGUGUUCAUCCCCAAAAAAUUGGUCGUUGAGAUGGAUAAUCUUUCAGAGAUCUUUCACUGAACGUGAAUACAUAUACUCAUUACAACUGUUAAAACUGCUGUGUUAAGAUUGUCAUUUUACAGCGGAGGCAUUAUACACUCUCAGAUAUUUAUUUGCUUUGCAUUGCAUGUGUUAACAUAUCAUUAAACUUCUUACAAUUCUUACAAGCUUUUUAAUUCUUUAAGCGUGUGUCAUGUACAUAAUUGUUUUUCGUUAAAAGCAUACAGAGCCUGUUUUGCAGGUGCAACAAUGAUCAGAUAACACACUUUUUUUUCAUUUGGAUCAUCCAAAUAUAUGAACAAGUUUAAACCAAGUUGCUAAAUAAUGGGCCUUUGUUUGUAAGCUAGGAAUAUUUCACUUGGCAACAAUAGUGGGGGACAAAUAGGUUCAUACUUCAUCACCACUAUUAGUUUAAUAUUAUUGUAUUAACAUGUAAUUAGUUACUUUUAAUAGUUUGGAAUUUAAUUCAAGAUGCAAAAGUCAGUUUUAUCUCUUAAAAAUGUGACUUCACUUCAUACUCUACUAAAGUCAAGUCUUGUAUAUUGAUUCAUCAUUUUGUAAACAUGAUUCACAUACACAAUGCAGAAUUCGCAACAUUACUGUCACUAGUGUAACAAGUCAAGAUUAUCAGACUUUCGGUGUUUGUGUGCAUGGCCCACCUAAAUAAAAAUGAUAUGACAGAUACUAUAGUGACAGACAAGACACCCAAUAAUAUUUUUAAAAAAUGAAUAACAGAAUUGGAAUGAUCACCUUACCAAAUACAGUGUGAAAUAUGGUCUGGUGGACGAUGAAAUUUUAUGAACUGUAAGACAUUAUUCAGUGAGAAGUAAAGACUGAGUAAUUUAAUUGUCAACAAGAAAUGCAUGACUUGAAGGAGAAGGAAGAUUUAAGAAAAAUAUUAAUGACGUUUGACAACUUGUGCAUAUGAGCAGGAAGAUGUACAAGUAUAUUGAAAUAUGAACAGACCGUGAAGUUUUUUUUCUUUUAAUUGUUUAUGUAAAGUUUUUCUUGUUAUCGUUUCUUUUCCUAAGUAUUGUUUAAUAUCGUAAAUAAAUUUUGUAUUAUAAUUUGAAUCUUGAUAAUGUGUUGUUUUUUUUUUAAAUUAUUCAAACAGUAAGUUACCUUGUUCGAGUUUAUGGUAUACACCAUAAAAUCAUUCACCCUGAAAUAGAUAAUUCUGUUUUUCCUUAUUAGUGGAU